AUGGAGCCCACUCAAGACGCCACCAGCCCUCCUGCCCAGGAGGGAACGGCGUCCAACACCCAGCCCUCGGCCUUGGAACGUAUGCGGACUCUGGCUGCUCAGAACCCAGAUGCCAUGCACCGUGCCUUUGAUAGCUAUCCAUGGUCGAUAGACCCGCAAUUUCAAUCGCUACUCGCCAACGGGCUCCUGAGCUCUAGCGAGCUGUCGCCGCCCGAUAUCGCGCUGCAGUGCCGCAUCAGGCGGUACGAGGAGCGGGUGGGCAUCCAGGUCGACGCGGCAAACUACAAGGCCUACCGCUCCCAGGGCGAGAGACCCAAGGUCGACCUGGUCCCGAAGGUGCUCCUGGAGCAAGAGGCUCUGCACGAGCCGGAUGCCAGCAAGAGGAGAUACGCGGCCAUCGCCAACGAUCCGGCUACCGGAACUCCUGCAGCCGACGGAGGCUCUGGAAAUUCUCAGGAGGACAGCUUGGACGAGAGCGUGCCGUCGUGGCAACGAGCCGCCCCCAAGGCCGCUUUGUACGUCAACAAAUCUGGUUCUGCUACCGGCGCCGCCGCUGGUGGUCCUGCCACAGACUCGGAUAAAGAGCCCUACCCCAAGAAGUUCGAGGAGAUCAUUGCUUUCCUGCAGACUGGGAAGGAGAUUCCCGGCAUUCUCAAGAUACCAGAUACUGUCAUUGAUGACCCGUCGAUUUCAACAACGACUGGCCGUACGGUACCCUUGAAACCUUGGGAGAGGCAAGCAGUCUCGGAGGACAAAUGA